CAAACAUGGCGAUUUCAUUCGGGGAUACCUCAAGGGUGGUCGAGACUUACCACCUUAGUUGGUCCCACUAAACAGCUGCGCAAUGACAGUGACAUCCACGAUUUAGCCUAAAGGUUGCACAAGCGAUACCCCAAUUCCCAGGAUGGCUGGUGCCGGGAACGCGGGGCGAUGUUGCAACCCUCGAUCUCUUGUCCCUGGAAUUUGGUAUGCUAGAAUCAUGAAAGCCAUGGCUCGGGGUUCGGGCAAUCUCUUUGUCGAAAGCUGAUUGGAGGAAUACCUCGGCACAGCGGAAGCACUAUGUUAACACGCAGAUGAACAUUGCCAUGCGUCUAUUCGCAUGGCCGUGCGGAGCCGCCGUCACCGCCAUGCAAAUGGGCCGGAUUCUAUAAGAGAUCCAAGUCUUGGCUUCUGGAUUUCUUGCUGCUUGGACAUUCCCGCCUCGGUUGUUGACUCGCUCUACUGCCAGAAAUCAUCUUGUGAUGUUGCGCUCUCUGUACUUGGCAGCCUUGUCGGCGACGGCUUUGGCAGCCCCAUCCCCGAGGAGUCUCAAUUCAGACAUCGCCAUAUUGAUAUACAAUGACUUGCAAGGAACCGCCUCCGCAGGCGCAGACUCCGGCGUCAUCGUCCUAGAAGCGCGGUCAUAUAACGACGCCAAUGCAGCUUGUGCAGUAUUGGGCGAGCAAUUGUGGUCACCGAGGAAUGGGACCUCAACGCCAACUUUAGACUACCUCAAGUAUCUCAAUUCUGAAAAAGGAGAAUCACGGUUCUGGAUUGCUUCCAAAGGAACAAUCAGUAGCACAAUUGACUACGAUGGCCGCACGUCUAGAACAGCACCCUCGACUAAGCUUCCAGUCCUCUGCACACAAUCUGCUCCAUUCUCAAAUGAGACAGUCAAGGAUACGAGUGAGAAGUGGCAAGUCAUGGUCCACUCCAAUAACGAGUAUUUGACUGGCUUCCGGGAUCGUUAUAGCUUCCGGUUCUUGGGUGUUCGUUAUGCUUCACAGCCCCAACGCUUCACAUACUCAACGCCAUAUGUCGGAAAUGGCGACCAAGUAUCAGCCUCAGAGUAUGGUUCCCAGUGUGUUCAGGGCGGCAACACAGGCUCGGAGGAUUGUCUGUUCUUGAACAUCUGGACCAACUUCUUGCCUGGACCUCAUUCCUCCAAGAAGAACCUUAAACCAGUCAUGAUCUGGAUUCAUGGCGGUGCCUUCACAGGCGGUACUGGAAAUGAUCCGACAGCGGAUGGUGGCAACCUGGCAUCGCGCGGCGACGUUGUCGUGGUCGACAUCAACUACAGGCUGACGACUUUGGGCUUCCUUGCUCUGAACGACGGCAAGACCAAUGGAAAUUUCGGACUCGCAGACCAAGUCAAUGCGCUGGACUGGGUAGAGAAGAAUAUUGCGAACUUUGGUGGCGACCCUCAUCGCAUCACAAUCUUCGGCCAGUCUGCAGGCGCCGGCAGCGUACGUGCUCUUAUCGCGUCUCCUAAGGCCACCGGCAAGUUUGCAGCGGCAAUUCCUCUUAGCAACUUGGGUGGAAUAAACUACGGCACUACUUACUCAAAAUACUACACCAUCGACCAAGAGAUGGCAGUCGCGGGUUAUGCCAUUCUCAAUGCUACCAACUGCACAAAUGCAGUCUCUCAAGUUGAUUGCUUACGAGCUGUGUCGGCCUAUGAUCUCGCCAACCUGGCCACAGUUGCCAGAUAUCCCGUAGUAGACGGUACGUAUCUGGUAGCCGAUGAACUCCAGCUAUACGGCUCUCCGCUUAAUGUGCGCCUGAUGUUGGGUACCACCCGCGACGACGGAGCUGCUAUGAUCAGUUUUCCUAAGAUUACAAACCAGUCAGCAUAUCUAAAUGCCUCCGGGUUCUCAGUACCGCCAGCGAACUUGUUCCCCAUACCAGCACUCGAAAACCAGACGCUCGCACUGUACAAUAUGAGUGCACGACUAGCGACAGAUGGCAUCUUCCGCUGUAUCGACCAGGCCACUGUCAAGACUGGGUUAGAAACUGGUGUCUUCCAGCCGAAUGUUUACUACUACGAGUUCAAUCGUACAUAUCAGAUACAGGGAUGGCCCGCACUUGACGUAUGCGAACCGCCAAAGACUGCAAGCCACCCAUAUGGUGACCCCAAUGGAGAAUACUUCAAAUGCCAUUCGGGUGAGUUAUAUUAUGUCUUCGGCAAUCUGGUACGUCAAGGUCUGCCGAUGAGAGAUGAGAAUGACUUGCCCUUCGAGCAAUUUGUACUUGACUCUUUUGCUUCAUUCGCGAGAGCUUAUGACCCCAACCCGGACCUUGGGUACUUGAAGGCUAGGGGUUAUCACAACACGAUCGAUGAGCUGGCUAAAGCAGGCAAGUGGCAGCCAUCCACGAAGAAGAGUCUGACAAAGCGAACGUUACAAUGGCCAAGUUUCCAAGGCCCUUUCACGGAAUUAGAGCAGUGUGAGGCUUUAGGCUUGAGUAUCGACUACUAUGAGAGGCGAUUCUCUUAGAAACCCCUUUCUGUGACCUAUGAAUAGGGCUCAAUGGGUAAUGGCACAAACUCUUGUUAGAUAAUUAUU